AUGGACGAGCCAUCCGAGAAGCUCCAGAACCUCAAGUCGCUGAAUUCUCUGCCAGCAGCAGGUGGAGUUGCUGGUGCGGCAAGAAACCACCGGAUUGCUAAGACCAUCUGCUUUCCUUUGUUUCGUCUCGCUGCUACGCACUUCGAGCUCGCAGUCAAAGCAGUGCUCGUAUGGGAGAAGAAGUUGCGAACAAGUUUUGAGAGGAAAAAUGGAAGACUGAAAUGGGCAGAAUGCUUCGCCAAAAUCACAGAGAAAAUUAUGGCGGUGUUCUUCCGAUUUGGCGAAGGCGUUAUCAAGGAUAUUGGAUCUGGGAAUUUUGAGGUGGCCAGGCUUGUGAGGAAGAAAGAAAUGAAAAAGCUUGAAUUUCAGAGGGCUGGGCAAACGGGUCCUGGACCCGCGGGUAGGGCGGUUUUAGGGGCGGGCCGGUUCCAAAAUUAUAGGAUCCGCGGGUACCCGGACCGGCCCGUUUGUGUUAGAUUGGACGGACGAGAUUUAAUAUCAUCUCUCCAUCCAAUCUCAACCGUCGGUUUAAGUUUUCAACUUUCAACCCUAGCCAACUUCCCUGUGUCCCGAGUUCCAGAAGCAUCCAACCUCAGCAGCCUUAGACCUCAGUCUCUCGGAUUCUCAAAGACUCUCCUUCCUCGACUUCCUCUCCCUGAGUCCCUCUCCCUAUCCCUCUCCCUCGAAUCCCUCUCCCUAUCCCUUCCCUCGACUCCGACUCACAGUGCUCACCCCACCACUCUCACAGCGCUGUCGCGAGUCGCGACCAACAUCAUCACCCCCCAUCACCACCUCCGCCGUCGCAACCACCAUCAUCACCCCAUCACCACCGUCGAGGACACUGCUACUACUAAUACCAAGAGGUUAGUUCAACACCAGCCGAGAGUUGAGCAUUGGUAAAAUCAAGUUCAAGGCUUUUGAUUUGGGUGGACAUCUCAGAUACUCAUCUCAGAUAUCUAUCUUAUUCAAUAGUUUUGUCGUAGUUCAUUCGAAAUAACUGAAUGGGUUCACAAAGGACGCACUGC